GACAUCGUACGAUAAGAUGAUCCUUGACAGUUCGUCUAGGUUCUAUACCAGUGUUGAAAAUUUACACGACAAGUACCAAUCAAGCAUGACCCGUCGAGCAUUGGCCGUUACUAAUUUGAAAAAUUGCAAUCGUUUGAUCAAUCACGGUGGUGAAUUACCUGAGUUACCACUUUGGGACGGUAUCAAUGCCGGUCAAUUGGCUAAUUCUAUGACCAAGUUGACAACCCCUGAAAUUGGUAACAAGUUGCUUGAGUUGGGUUUAGUCCAACCACAUGCUUUGAAUUCAUUUGUUGUCGAUGUUGUGUACGAUAAUUCUUCCGGUUCCAAAAAUAUAAUCGAAGACAACAACAAGCUUGUUAAUUUACUAGGCAUACAGUCACAACAUUUGUUUGAUCCUUUAUUAGAAUACUCCCCCGAAUCCAUUAAUAUUACCUAUAGCCCACCCAUGGAUAACACAGUCCAAGAUUCUGAAUUGGUUUCUGCUAUAAUUAAUGAAUUGUUGACCGUUCAGGAAAACUACACCUUAGGAUUAGUUGAACUUUUACAAAACUUCCUUAUACCAUUAAGAAUCACCGUACUUAAUUCAAAGAACCCAACAACAACAAUUACAAAACUUAAUACCAUUUUCCCACCAACCAUUGAUGAAAUCACCAGAAUCAAUUGUAUCCUCCACGCUGCAUUGCAAAACGCCAGUCAGUACAACCAUCAAGAAGUUAUAAAAGCCAUGGCUAUGUUUAUGCCGUACUUCUACAAAGCAUAUAUCCGUCACGAAGCAAACGUUAACGGGUUCAACAAGAAUUUACACGCAUUCGCGCAAAAGAAUCGCAGCAACAUCUUGGACAAUUUGAAUAUUAACAAAAGUGCAUAUAGUACUCGUGAAAUUGAAUCGGUUGUUAUUGGAGCUUUGUUGGAGUUACCUAAACUUAAAUUGAUUAUCCAAAGAUUAAAACUGGAGAUUAAAGAUUGCAGUGAAGAGACUGAACAAUAUUAUAACACUAUUGUCAAAGUCAUUGACGCAUUUGGAACUGAUGCCAUUACAAUCGACAUAAGCAAAAGAAUAUUCACACCUACCGGUAAGAUCCUUACUGAGUUAGCAACUAACUGGCCCAAGGAACUUCAAUAUGGAUGGCUCACGAGAAAAGUAGUGGGAAUCUAUGAAUUGAAAAACAUCAAAUCAGACCUGAAAUACGAUCGCGAUGUCAUCAUCAUCUUUUCUGACAAUGUCUUAAUUUUAAAUAUUGUCGAUGACGAUUAUUAUACCAAUGAUGGCUUAUCCGUCAGUGAUAUCCUUAUGCAUUCACUAAUCAACCAAAAGCCAUUACCUAAAUACGACACAUUCCCUAAGAUGGAAGUUACUGCUUGGAGUAAAAUCACCGAUAUCAUUGUGACCACAUACCAAGGCACCAAUGGUGAAUACAUCAGAAUCUUGAACACGUCAUUAAAUGGAUUCCAAACAACCAACUCCAAUUAUAGCCGUAAUUAUCAAAUCAAAACCCCAAACAUAACCGGGGACGACAUCAUUCAACUAAUAACCAAGCUGAAGAUUCUCUCGAAAUCACAACCAUUCCAUCUUUUCAAGUCU